CCACUACCUCACACAACAGGUAAUGUAAAUCUCUUGCCUUUGACUUGGCUCAGUUUUCACUGAUCCACUUGUAGAUUGUGGCAGUGAAACUUGUCAUUUCCACUGCAUCCUAUCAAGAGCAAUAAACCCAUGGGCACAGAGAUAUUGUCACCUUGCAUGAAUGAUGCAACACUUUCACAUGAACUGACAUGGCUUCAAUCACUUCCUGAGAUACCAAGACAGCCAUAUGGACAUGACAACCCAAAUGCCAUGCACUCUUCCACUUCUCCAUUGACUUUGGAUAGGCUGGCAACACCUCCCUUAGGCAAUCCUUUACAUAACACCAAAACACAAAGGACCCCAGUUGACCUUCCAGAAUGGACCAUCCUCAGCCAACCCAUGGCAAAUGAUGGCCAUGUGGCUCCGGCUGAAACGCGCUUCCGGAGUCCACAGUGCGUGGGGCCUCGCACAGCCACUCAUCAAGUUGCUAACGGCGGGGAGGUUGAUGAACGUACUCAAGCUGCCUCGCCGUCUUCCAAUAGGACCUCAGGAAGCAGCUCAAAGUUACCCCAAAAACCCUUGUUUGAUGGAGUAUUGAUCUCGUCACGCCCUCCGAAAUCCACGGCGUCGCGCUCUGCAGGUUCAACUGCUAAGCGGUCUCUCACUCCAGCAACUUCUUUCUCGCUGCUCGACGCGCUGCAACGAACAUUUGACGCGAACAAUAAUCACCUUACGCCAUCCCAAAGUGAAGAUGAUGCUUCGAGCGCGCCUCAAACGGAUCAGGAAGCUGCAACCGAUGAUGGGAAGGUGAUACUACGGCAUCGACUUUCUCCGUUGAAACGUCGAUCCUCGCGUCGCCAGAUUGCCCAGAGUGACAAGUCGGAGGAUGCGGCGGAGGUCAAGACAGCGUUUCGGGACGGCCUCGUCAAGAAACGUGUUGGAAGCAUUCCCUAUGAUUCAAUGCCCGGAGUGAUCGAUGCCGCGCUCGGGACAACUUGCGCACCCAUCUGGCUAGGGAAAGAGGACGAGUUCGAAGACGAUGGCGAAGCCGAGGAAAUGCCUGGGGAGGUUUGGAAUGGAACGAGAGACUUGUCGGUGGAGUCUGAUGGCUGGAGCUGCGGCAUUAUUGGCGACCACCCCCUCACGGUGUUAUUCGUACGACCGCCACUGUCAGCCUCGUCCACUGCUACAUUAGGUCUUCCGCACAGGAAGCUCGAGAAGACAGGCUUCAUUACACCCCAUGUAUCGAUGCACGAUCGGUUCCAGCAGAAGCUUCAUUCUCUCUUCGGGGACAAUGUGACGGUGCGGACCGAUAGAGGCGCAAGACCGCGCGAGAAUUUCUUUGAUUAUAUUUACCAACCUGCCAACGCGCAUCACGAUGAUACCCUGAGUCAUCCCAUCGCGCCCGAAGCGAACGGAGAUGGUGAUAAUUCGCCCAUUGACAAUACCCCGCCUGCGCCCGUGGACAGUGUCCAAGCCAGUACUCCAGUUGCGCCUAUGCAGGAACGCACAGCUACGGCUGACAGUGUUCCGACUGCCUUUUCAUCGACGUCGCGAAGAUCUCUCAAGCGGCAAGCUUCUCAGGAGGUGGACACCGAUGCCCACACUUCCGUCAUUCCCCGUAACGAUGAUUCCGGCGACGCAGCAACUGCUCCCGCGGAGGUGACGCACCAACCACUUGCAAACAAAAAGCGACGCCUCGACUUCAAUGAAGACCAACUUCAGAGUUGGACUUCCAAGCUUCAGCGCCUCAUCAAGGGGAAAAUCCGGUUCACUGAAGAGGCUCUCAAGCAAUUGAGUGACUUGCUCGCGCAGAUAGAUUCGGUCAAAAUGGAACUGGACAUGAAUAUACCCAUUGUAAAUUCGCUCCAGCAGAGCAUCCGCAAGCUUUCCCAACUUCAGGAUAUUCCGUUUGGGGAUCCCUAUAAAUUGAGAAUAAAGGCACAUCUUAUCGCAACUGCUUGGUCACGCGCGUGACUCUUGCAUGUUGUGAUACUAACCAAAUUUCAGCCCUGAUGGAACUUUCAUAUUAUAAUACUUUUUUCGAUACAUAUGAUAAAUUUUAUCGAAUUCAGA